AUGGUCUUGUUCUUCACAUUCCAUCUGUUUCUUUUUCUUCUUCUUCUUGCUUUUUACAGUCCCUCUUCUUCUACUUCACAUUCAUUCAUUCAUUCAUUCUUCUUCUUCUUCUUCUUCUUCUUCUUCUUCUUCUUUUCAGGUUCCCCCUUUCUCCUCUAUUUCUCCUUCUUCUUCACAUCCUCUUCUUCUUCCUCUUCUUCUUCUUCUUUUCAUCAUCUUCUUCUUCUUCUUCACGUUCCCUCUUCUUCUUCUUUUUCUUCACAUCCCUUCUUCUUCUUCCCGCUUCCUCCUCUUUUUCUUCUUCUUUACAUCUCCUUCUUCACAUCCCUUCUUCUUCUUCUUCACGCUCCCUCUUCCAUCUCUUUUUUUCUUCUUUACAUCCACUUCUCCUCCUCCUCCUUCUUCUUUUUCUUCUCCUUCUUGUUCUUCUUCACGUCCCUUUUUCUUCUUCUUCACGUUCCCUCUUCCUCCUCAUUUUCCCCUUCUUCUUCACAUCUCUUCUUCUUCUUCCUCUUCUUUACGCUCCCUUUUCCUUCUCUUUUUUCUUCUUUACAUCCACUUCUCCUCCUCCUUCUUCUUUUUCUUCUCCUUCUUAUUCUUCUUCACGUCCCUUUUUCUUCUUCUUCACGUUCCCUCUUCCUCCUCAUUUUCUCCUUCUUCUUUAAAUCCUCUUUUAUCUUCACAUCCUUUCUUCUUCUUUUUCUUCUUCUUCUUCUUCCCUCUGAUCUAUCUAUCUAUCUAUCUAUCUAUCUUCAGUCUGUCUCUCGCUCUUUCACUUUCUUUAUUUCUGUUCAUUUAUUCUCUCUUUCUUUCACUUUGUCUCUCUCACUUCCUCUAUCUCUGUUCAGUAUCUAUCUAUCUAUCUAUCUAGCUAGCUAUCUAUCUAUCACUUUUCCGUCUCUAUCUAUUUCUCUUGGGUUUAUUUCUAAUUUUCUCCCUCACUCCCUCAGUCUUUUUCUAUCUAUCUAUCUAUCUAUCUAUCUAUCUAUCUAUCUAUCUAUCUAUCUAUCUAUCUCUCUCUCUCUCUCUAUCUAUCUAUCUAUCUAUCUAUCUAUCUAUAGUAAAAUAUUAAAUACUCUAUCUAUCUAUCUAUCUAUCUAUCUAUCUAUCUAUCUAUCUAUCUAUCUAUAUAUAUAUAUAUAUAUAUAUAUAUAUAUAUAUUAA